AUGCGAGCCAGCAAGGUUUCGAGAAGGGUUUGGCACGAUGAAUCAUAUCAUGUAAUAGCGAAACUCUGUAUUCGACAGACUAUAAGACGCUUCAGUAGCACAACAUUCGAGUGGUGCUCCGCUCGAGAGGAUUCGACUCGACAUGGCUAUAAGGACCUAUAUCAUGAGGACGAACGACUCUGGACCAUCGACUUCAAUCAAUCCGACUUUGAUGGAGACAAGAACGCCGAAGCGUUAGUCGAAUAA